AGUCCUUGGACUCGGGCGGAAUCUUUGGCUUGCCGGACGUUCAGAGCUGGUCUUGCAACUUCGAACUUUUGAGAGCCGCCUCCCAGCGGCGACGCCGCCGAUGAAGAAGGUCCCGGCGGGUCCCGCAGCUGAGGCGGUGUUGGGAAGAUGCAAGCUCGAGGCUUCCCGUACACUGGUAACGGCCACGAUUAUGGACGCAUCGCCGAACGGAGACGGAUCGGGAGCUGCCAGCCUACCGAGACUAGAACGCACCCUUUCGCAACUAACGCACCUCAUCAAACGGAUCUCAAGCCAAAGAAGCGGGCUCAAGGAGCAAGACACUCUAAGAAUAGUACAAGCGCUCCUCACCAGCCGCAUCACAUACGGCACGCCGUACCUGGCUUUAAAGAAUGCUGAAAUAGAAAAACUGAACAUCAUGAUAAGGAAGGCAAUCAAAGCCGCCCUGGGACUCCCCGCCAUGGCCUCUACAUCACGUCUCCUUAAGAUGGGCGUCCACAACACGUGGCAAGAGCUCGCCGAAGCGCACAAGAACAGCCAGCUGGAACGACUCAAGCUCACGCCCACAGGGAGAUCAGUACUCCGAAACCUAAACUACAGCGAGACGUAUGUCGCAGACACGGACAAGAAAGAGCGAAUACCACCGGACGUUCGAGAGUGCAUUUCCAUCGCACGUGUCCCGCGUAACAUGCAUCCCAUAUAUCACAAGAGUAGAAGACAGGCUAGAGCCAACGCCAUCAAAAGAAGUUUCAAGCAUGACCCGAAUGCCCGCUACACCGAUGCGGCCAAGUAUCCGCAUCGAAACGCGUACGCUCUGAGCGUCGUCGACUCCCAAGGCUCCGAGCUUGCAUCGGCAACCAUCAAGGCACGCAACCCGGAAACGGCUGAAGAAGCGGCAAUCGCUCUCGCCACCACCACAUGCACAGACGCAGCAAUUAUAUUCACCGACUCUCAGGCCGCCUGCAGAAACUUCUUAAGGGGCCGCAUCUCGGCCGAUGCACUCAAGAUACUAAAAAGACGAAGCACUCCGCUCCCGUACACUUGCGUAACGUGGGUACCCGGACACGAGGGACUAGAGGGGAACGAAGCGGCCCACGCCGCUGCCCGCGAGCACGUCAGCCGGGCUCCCCACUCCCCAUGCGCUCUCGGACCCGUGACAGAAGAGGCGGAGGCCGUACCCACCAACUAUUCGGCCAUAUUGCAGCAUUACAGGCUCGAGUGUCGAGUGCACCCUCCACCGCACCCUAAACUCGACAGAGAAGAAAGCCUAAUCCUUAGACGCCUGCAAAGUAACACAUACACGCACGGAACGAUGAUGCAUCGCCUCUACCCGACACUCCACGGCUACCUCUGCCCACUGUGCAACGUACCCGACACUCUGGCACACUUGCUCCUGGAAUGCCCGUGGCAGGAAGGCAGCGAAAUGCAACCAGAAACUCAGGCAAACGACCUGUUCGAAACGUGGGAGGCCAAGCUAACCCUCGGGGACCUGGAAGACCAACGACAACUCGUCGCCAGGGCUAAGAGGGCAGUCGAAGCCAGAGGGUUCCUGGACUAAGGAGCCCUCCCACCUUAGGGUGAUACCCGGCCUCGCUCGGGACACUGUUUCGUCUAAUAAACGUUUCUCUCUUUCUAGGUCGAAACCAAAAACGUUCAUCCAUAACUUUAAACCAGCAACAGCUUCAUCAUCAGCGGCUUGAACUCUCAUUUACACAAAUAGUGAUGUUUUUUAAUAAAUGGCAUAAGGAUGCUA